AUGAAGCUGGGCGACACAGGAUACCUGAAACUGGUCGAUGCCAAACUCGAUCCGGAAUGGCGGCAGGGAGUGGUCGUCGAUCGCGCUACGGAUGGAGCGCUUAAGAUUGCAGUACGAAUCACUGCGGACGAGCGCCAUCAUUGUGCUGCUUACUUCGGUUUCGAUGCCAACAAACGCAAGUUCUUUCCUGGAGAGUUGCCCGGCAGACACCAGCGAAGAGACGCAGCAGAGGCCUGCUCUCGACUUCGAAGAGGAUCGAAGAUCGAAGAGGGGGUGGACGACGAGUCUUCAAGUGUAGACUCUGGACUCGCUGCUUCAACACUGGACAAGGGCACGAAGGGACAACGCCGGUACCCGCUGCUGUCGGCAGGGAGCAGCCGCAAGAAGGACGAGGACCACCAGGACGUGAAGACUGCGUUGCAGCAAGCGGCAAGUUCGACGGCCGCCGGUCGAGACAGCCGCUCUGCAAAGGACAAGGGUGCCGCCAAGUCCCUCCGGCAGCACCACGACUCGAAGCGUCGCAUGUUCAAGCACCCACUCAAGCAUGUUCGACGCUACUUGAAGGAGGUGGAAGAGCAGCUGGGCGGCGGAGACGACAUCCCCUAUCGCCUGGUAGAUUACACAUGCAAAAUCUACUGGGGGAAGCGGCGAACACUCCAGAGAGUGCAUGUCCUGCUGCACGAGAUCCUCCGCCUGAUGCUGCAGAAUCUCUUCGAAGAGGCCGCUCUCCAGACGGUGCUCAGCCCCCGAGCGGUUCACCAGUGCAGCCUCGACAACGAAAAGUGGGACCUCGCUUGGUUGCUCACUCACCUGGAGGACCCGUUUCAGAGGAGACGGUGGGGUGGAGAAACUCUGGAGGUCGAGGUCGUCGCAGCUUACGUCAAGGCGUUGGAGGACUUGGAGAAGAAGACUCGUCAGACACACUUCUUCGACGGAGCGCAGCACGAGGAGGAGGACGAAAGGCCUGCAACGGCCUUCCUGGGUGUGCAACUCCGAUCUGUGAAGCGAUUUGACAGUUCCCAUCCGCGGCGCUGCCGCGGGCUGUUGACGGAGAGGACUUGGAUGCAGCAAGAUGCGAAACUCAAAGCCAUGUGCAUGAAAACCAUAAGCCAUAAAGAGAACUUCUUGACCUGGCAAUACGCCGAGGCCUCAAGCCAGGCAAAGAAAAGCUCCGAGACGUACGCUGGGGCUGGCCGCUGCUGGCAGCACGCUGCCUGGUCUGACUACACCGAGAACUUACGGGAGUGGGCAAAGCCUUGGGCCAAGACGCGAGCCGCGCAUGCUUCGCCACGGGCACCAUGUCACGCGGUGCGCCGCCUCUUGGACCUGGGAAACGCCGACGCAGAAGCCUCUGACUCCAACUCCGACUCUGCAUCGCUGAUGGUCUCCAAGUCCCUGCAAUGCGGUUUGCAAGGGAGGGCCCCCAGAGCCACGACGGGCUUGUGCCCUGCCGAUCACGUAAUCCGGGAGUGCCCGGAGCUGGAUGAGUGCUGGGCAGCACUCAUCCGACUUCCUGCCAGGGCGGGCCCAACGUUCAUCGCCGGUCGCCUUGGUGACCCUGACUCGGCAGAUGAGGAGGUUACGGAGGUCCAAUGGUUGACGGAAGUUGCAGUGAGUGUCUUCCUUCAGGCUCUUGGUGAAAGCAAGCAAUCUGGCGUAGUGCCAAUACGAGCCGACGGCUUUUGCGGCCUGAGGUGCCUCGCAUAUCUCCUUGGCAUGGAUUUCCACAAGUCAUGUCGCGCAGUCCGAGACAGGCUGGCUGAGUCCCAACAAGUACAUGGCAGGCUGUGGCACAUCGCAGAUUUGGCUGGUGAAGGCUGGCCACCUGAGAUGGUCUCACAGGGGCUGCGAGAGCGGAAUGUCAAGGAUCAUGAUAUCUUCCUGACCCAGAAGGAGCUAUCGGAUUUGUGUUGCUUGAUGUUGGGGCGGUCCAUUCCGAUCAUCGAGCUCAGCGCCGACUUUCAUGCUUCAUGGGCCACGGGAGACCAUAGCAUGUUGGCUGUGGCAGCUGGGAUGUCCGCGACAGAGGAAGAUAUCCACAAGAUGGGGCAAGAGCUGCACGAGCAAGGGUUUCGACUGCUUGUGGCCGAACCUUCGCAGGCACAGUGUCGUCCAAGUUUCCAUCAGCUUCAACAGAUGAGGCCAACCAUCCUUCACUCAGGGAUCCAUUUUUUCAUCCUUGACGCUUCCAAAGAGUCUGAGCCUGCCAUUGGUCAUGAUCAUCUUCUGGAGGUCGAGCAGAAGCUGCAAGAUGAGCUUGCCUCAUUGCAGGGGAGGAGCAAAUGCCAGGUCAAAGACAGCAAGACUGUUGCAGCUGGGCCAGGUCGCAAGAACGAAGCAGUUCGUGACCAUCGAGAUCGACCCGGACAACAGUCAGUUGGAGAACAUUCGGCAGAUGUGUUAGAUGCCGCUUCACCAUCUCGAAGACGUGGUCUUUGA